AUGAGGAUGGCUGUCGGCGCAGCAGCGGCUCCAGGAGAUGGAGGCUCGCCGAAUCCCGGUCCCGCUGCGGUCUCUUUGGGCUUGAGCGUGGCUGUGGUGUCCAGCCUGGUCAAUGGCUCCACGUUCGUGCUGCAGAAAAAAGGAAUCGUGCGGGCAAGAGGACGAGGGACUUCAUAUUUAACUGAUAUAGUGUGGUGGUCAGGUACUAUUGCUAUGGCACUUGGCCAGAUUGGGAAUUUCUUAGCUUAUACUGCAGUUCCUACUGUUCUGGUGACUCCGCUUGGAGCACUUGGAGUCCCAUUCGGGUCCAUUUUAGCUUCCUAUCUACUGAAAGAAAAACUGAACAUUUUGGGCAAAUUGGGCUGCCUCCUGAGUUGCGCAGGUUCUGUGGUUCUCAUCAUUCAUUCUCCAAAGUCUGAAAGUGUCACCACUCAGGCUGAGCUUGAAGAAAAGCUUAUAAAUCCAGUAUUCGUGGGUUACCUCUGUAUUGUGCUUCUCAUGCUGCUUCUACUUAUCUUUUGGAUUGCACCAGCUCAUGGACCCACUAACAUUAUGGUUUACAUCAGUAUUUGCUCAUUGUUAGGAAGUUUCACUGUGCCUAGUACAAAAGGAAUUGGACUGGCUGCUCAAGAUAUCUUUCACAAUAAUCCAUCAAGUCAAAGAGCAUUAUAUCUCUGUUUGGUUCUGUUAGCAGUAUUGGGAUGUAGUAUAAUAAUUCAGUUUAGGUACAUCAAUAAGGCACUAGAAUGUUUUGACUCCUCAGUGUUUGGUGCCAUCUACUAUGUAGUAUUCACCACUCUUGUCUUGCUGGCCUCAGCCAUUUUGUUCAGAGAAUGGAGUAAUGUUGGUGUUGUUGACUUCUUGGGGAUGGCUUGUGGGUUCACCACUGUAUCUAUUGGAAUUGUUCUUAUACAAGUCUUCAAAGAAUUCAAUUUCAAUAUUGGUGAUUUGAAUAAGCCUAAUAUGAAGACUGAUUAAAUUCUUAAUGUUCAAGGGAAUUGGAUAAUCCAGAGAAUGAUAGUGUCUUCAAUUUUUAGGCCAUAGAAAUGAUAGCCUUUAAUUUUUAAACUUUGAGAAUAAUAUCACCUUUCAUUCCUUGCUAGAAUGUGUGAAAUGAAUUAGUGUUCUUAAUUCAAUUUCUCUUAAGACUUGUGAUUUAUAAACCUCAUAGCAAGUAGGAUAAGAAUUGCAUCAUCACAGAAGCUGAUGUAUUUCUUUAUCCUUAAACAUCAUAUAUGUAGUGUAGGACUGAAUUAUUUUGGUCUAUGAAGAACCAGGAAUCUUUUCAAAUGAUUAUUCAGAAUCUUCUGGUUGUGUGAAUCAACUGUCAACAUUUGUGUUUACAACUGAGCAGGUGCCAUGAGUGAUCAAUAGCCCUUUUUAAAAAUGUAGAUAGACUUCAAAUACUAGAAAGGGUUUUCUUUCUAUUUACCUUCACAGUUAUGAUUCAGAUUUUAGUAUUCUUACAGGUGUAUUUGAAGAUUCCACAACGGUUGCGACUGUGUACUGAUAUGGUUUGUUCUUUCUCUAUCUUUGUAAAUUGGACUGUGACAUGGAAUUCAUAAUUAUGUCCAAAACUAGAUAUUUAUAUCUCAACAUGUGUUCUCUCUCAUACCAGCUGAAAGUUGCUCACAAAUCUAAGUAAAUAUAGCACUUAGUUGAC